ACACUAAUCACAACAAUAAUAAAUAAACACAAAAUGCUGCAACGCGUUCAACCGAGAGUAGAAAAUCCACGUUAUGGCCAAUUAAUUAUAGGUCCACCUGGUUCUGGCAAGACAACGUACUGCAACGAAGCGUAUAAAUUCUAUAAGGAGUUGGGUCGGCAAGUGGGUGUCGUCAAUUUGGAUCCAGGCAACGACAACAUGUCCUAUCAACCGGUAGUCAACGUAAUGGAGCUGAUUACGGUGGAAGAUUGCAUGGAGCACAUGCAACUGGGACCCAACGGCGCACUCAUGCAUUGCGCCGAGUACCUGGAAGAGCAUUUCGAAGAUUGGCUGCUGCCGGCACUGAGAAAACAGAGUGCAACCCACAAUUACUUUCUCUUUGACUGUCCUGGUCAAGUGGAGCUCUACACACACCACACUGCCAUGGCGCGAGUUUUUGAGCGCUUGGAACGGGAGCGCUACAACUUGGUGACAGUUAAUCUCAUCGAUUCGCAUUACUGCUCAGAGCCAGCUAAAUUCAUAGCCACGUUGCUGAUGGCGCUGAAUACGAUGAUGCGAAUGAGUUUGCCGCAUGUGAAUGUGUUGUCAAAGGCGGAUCUGCUUCGUAAACAUGAAUCGAAGCUUCACUUCAACGUUGAUUACUACACGGAUGUGCUUGAUCUGAAGUAUUUACUGGAGAAACUAGAUGAUGAUCCCACAAUGCGCAAAUAUCAGAAGCUCAACGAGGCUAUUUGCUCCCUGGUGGAGGAUUAUGCGCUGGUUUCCUUUAAACUGCUGGAUGCUUUUAGUACAGACAGCAUGCUCCGGCUGCGCAAUCACAUUGACAAAGCGAAUGGCUAUGUGUAUAAAGCGGGCGAAGAGCAAACGGUGAAUUCUCUGCUAGCUUGCGCUGUGGGAGCUGAAACCGAGGCCAUGCGUCAGCAGCGAGAUAUUGAACCUUAUACGAAUCAGCAGUAGCAAACAGAUGUAUAUAAUAUAUGUAUAUAUAAUAUAGUUAUAUUUAUCUU